AUGGAGCCUUCACCUCGACACUCCCGCUCCUCCUCGUCUGCCUCGCGACGAUCAAACCUCACCCUCGACCUCUCGUCCAUCCCGCCCAUGACCCCGCCCACACCCCCAUCAAACACCCUCCUCCUCACCAACCUCGCCGACCCGGCCAUCUUCCUCCCCGAGAACCUCGACGUCAUCCGCGACCUCAUUUCCCAAUCGGCCACCAUCCACGCCUUCUCUCCGCUCAAGUCGUUCCGACGCAUCGUCGUCUCCUUCUACGACGAGCAGGCCGCCAUCGCCGUCCGACAGAUCUGGGACAACGAAGUCAUCAUGGGUCAGCAGUGCCGCGUCUACUUUGGCAAGCCUACACCUGUCGAUCAGCGAGAUGAGCACCUCGCUCUCCCCGAUGCCGGCAAGCUCUUCUUCAUCUCACCUCCUCCUAGCCCUCCCCACGGCUGGGAGGAUCGUCUCGAGGAUGCUCCCAACAAGCUCGUGCACGCCGAGGACCUGGCCGACGCUCUGGCUAAGCUGCACCACCGCGCCGGCCCCGUCGACGACGAUGCCAGCUCGCCCAUUACACCUCCCGACUCUGCUCUUCCCGGCCGCACGCGCUCGCGCUCCUCCACGCUCAUCUACAAGCCCAACGAGGAGAGCAGCAUGCCCGCCGUUUUUGUCGAGGACAUGACUGAUGAGCCCUGCGAGUACAGCCCCGUGGAGCCCACCAAGCCCAUCAUGGCUCACACUGCCCGGCCACCUGUCGAGCUUAUGAGCGACGCCUAA